AUGAUGCAUUCUGGGAGAAUUCUGAAAAAUAGCUACUACUUACCUUUUAAGUCCAAAUGUUUGAGCAGCCUGAGCAGCCAACUGCCCGAGCAGGCAUACCAUCUGCACUACUUCUUGUUGGGCACAAGUAACCCCUUUGCCGAUAAUGAAAUUCACUUGAUAGAGUAUAAUGAUCAGUCGUGUGCCGUCCGGAACGUCGAGAUUUUUGACCAUAAGGAGGAGGUGAAGCACUUGGUUUGUUUAGAUUUGUGUGAAAAGGGGGAUGGCAAAGGGAAAGACAUUCUUGUGUGCACCUCGGCGGUUGUUUCUGCGGAUAUUGGGGGUGCUAGCCAGGUUCGUGUUGACGCGGGGGGGUUGGAAUGGAGGUGUUUUCUCCAUCGGGGCAGUCUGAGCAACUUCGAUGAGGAAGAGCCCCUUGCAGGAGGGGAGUCAGACCCAGGCAUGGCACAGGUGGAAGAGGCGAAUCAAGAAAGUCGAAAAUUGGACGAUCUAGGGGAGGGGAAAGAAAACGGACGGGAGAACAGUACGUCGAAAGGGAAGUCGCUCGAGGGGGGAAAAGAAAAAGCAGCGCUGGAGAAACUACGCGAACUGAGAGCGGACCAGCCAUAUACCAGCAUCAAACAGAUUGCGGUGGACGAUCAUGAUGGGAAGUUUCGCAGAAUUGCCGUUAUAGAUAAGUACAGGUACAACAUUUUCGGGAGGAGCCAACACGACAUGGAUUUUAUUUCCUCCAAAAAUACGGAUGGGGAGCUAAAUUUCGGCACCUUCGACCCUCAUCACGAAAACAUCCUAACCGUUAUUAGCAACACGAAUGUGUACGGAUACGACCUCCAAAAUGACGUGGAAAUAUUUUCUACCUUUGCAAACCAUAAGGCUGAUUUAUCAUCUGUGGACUUCAAUCCGAACAUUCCAAAUGUCCUUGUAACUUCAUCAAAUGAUGGCUACGUGAAAUUUUGGGACUUGCGAUUUUUGGCUGAUGCAUUUCUUACAGUUAAUAUUCAUUCGCAUUGGGUCACCUCCAUCCACUUUAACAAUUUUCACGAUGAGUUGUUGCUAAGCACUAGCACAGACAAUACGGUCAAGCUGCACAGAAUUGACUAUCCGGCCAACUUAAAUUUGAAGAAAAAGGAAACCAACCAUCAGUUGAUAAAAACAUUCGCCGAUCACGAGGAGUCCGUUUAUCAGGGCAGGUGGAGCAAAACGGACGCAUGGGUGUUUGCCUCUCUCUCGUACGAUGGCAAAUGUGUGGUGAACAGUGUGCCCACGGAGGAGAAGUACAGGAUUCUCCUCUAGGGGCGCUUGCGCUGCGGUUAUCGCUAUGGAAACCGCCAUUUUCACCGCUAUGCCGAUCAUAAUUUAUUAUUAUUUUAUUUUAUUUUUUUUUUUUUUUCCAUU